UGAGAGCUGGCUUUUAACUUCUGCUGAGAUUUUCGUUGUGUGAAGUUGCUAGGCACCUGCAGCUUGUGUUUCUAACUCUUUACUCAGUAAGCUCUUCAGAGUCUUUCUGGACACCAUGGUUAUCAGUAAGAAGCAGCUGAAAGAAUCUGCAUUGCCCCCUGUGCAGGAGGCGAGAGACGCAGAGCUGGAGCAGGAGAGUUCACAGGGGGGGAGCCACCAGCUGGGAGGAAUAGCCAGCAGACCAGCCAGCAGACCCCGGAAAGCUUUUAGCCGAGGGAGCACGGAUACCAAGACGGUUUCCAGACCUGACAAAGCCCAUUCGCCAACAGAGAGGGCGUCAGCAGGUCCGAAAGAAGAGGCAGAGGAGGACUCUCCUGCAGAGCGGGAAGGGGAAGACCCCCAGGGGGCCGAUUUGAGAGAGAGCUCCGAGGAGGAAACUACAAACCAGGAAGAAGAAUGGGACACCGACCUGGAAAUAGAUGAUGCAAAGCAGCCCUACUCUGCCACGGAAAAGACGCUAUAUGAAGAAGCCUGCAAAAUCUUUGGCGUGGUCCCAGCAUCAUACUUCCUGCGCCACAUGCAUGACCAAGAGCUCAGCCUGGUGCAUCAUGGGCUGGGACCACAGGGUGCCAAAGCUCUUUCAGUCCCCUUGGUAACCAAUACCUCCAUUCUGAACUUGAAUCUGAGUGAUAAUUGGCUUGAAGGGGGAGGUGGAGUGGCCAUUGCAGAGAUGCUGAAAGAAAACUGCUACAUCACACGAAUCGACUUGUCAGACAACAAGCUGGGAUUAGUAGGUGCCCAGGCUAUUUCUGCCAUGCUGAAGGAGAACGUUACCCUGGUGGAUAUUAACCUAUGUGGGAAUGAGUUGGAUGACCAUGCUGCCACACCCCUGGCUGAGGCUUUCAUGAGCAACAACAAAGUGCAGUCCAUGGACUUGAGCCACAACCUGAUGGGAGAGGGAGCAGGGGAUGUCUUGGGCAAUGCCAUUGCUGAAAACACUGGGAUGAAGGAGCUCAACCUGAGCUGGAACUGCUUUCGUGAAAUGGGAUCCAUACCUAUAGCAAAAGGCCUUGGGGCAAACAUAUUCCUUCGAGCGGUGGAUUUGUCAUACAAUGGGUUUGGAAAGACUGGAGCAGCUACCCUGGGAGAAGCUCUGAAAGUGAACAACGUGCUUGAGCAUCUCAACAUCAGUAACAACAGGAUUCCACCAGAGGGAGCUGUGAGGUUUGCCAUGGGCCUUAAAGAAAAUAAGACCUUAAAGACUUUGAAUCUCUCUCGAAAUCCAAUGCAGAGCGCAGGUUGUUAUGGGAUAAUAAAAUCCAUGCAAGGAAACCCAGAGUCUGCCAUUGAGUUUUUGGAUUUCUCUGACAUCACGGUGAACAAGGACUUUGAUGACUUGCACACCUCAGUCAAAGAGAUGUUCCCUGAUCUGAAGGUUAUGCACGGGGGCAACGCAGACACGCUCAGAAAAAACAAAGCCAAACUGUCAGACCCCUUAUACAUGCUGAAGCAGCACAUGAAGGAGAACAGCUUGAAUCUGGUGGACUUCUUUGAACGUGUGGAGGAGGACAAGAUCUCACGAGUCAAUCGGAGCGAGUUUGAGCAAGGACUCCUGUGAACUUAACAAAUUACUGAUGAGUGAUUAACAAUACACAGCGUGGCCGGCUCCUCUCUAGACAGGACUGAAGACUUGCCCGCACAUUUUGCAUGAAGAUUAACACUGCUGGACACCUGCUGGCACUGCAGAGAUCAAAUCACGCUGCCUCUCGUUAAUGCAUGGUCUUCAUCUCGUUUUCUGUGUCUGCUGGCUUCGUCAGCCAGGAAUGUGCACUGCUAAAGUGUCAUUGCUAUAUUGACCCUUCAGAUUGCUAACAACAUGCCCUGGUGUGUGUGUGUUAUAUAUAUAUAAUUUCACCCUACAGUGCUUAGCUACACAAAGCCAUGUGAUUAAUCUUGCAUGCUGUGUUAUUCACUGCUUGUCUCAGGUUAUGGGAUGUGGUGUGUGAAUCACACUAAUAAUUUAUAGGAAUGUGGAUGCUCUUGUAAAAUCAACAGGUUUGUUGAGUAGCUGGUAAUAGUUGUGUCAUGCUGUGCCUGUCUCUGGGAUUCCCAGAUUGCUGAAAUCCUGGGGUUAUCCCACAAUUCGUGAGUCCAGGAACACAGCGAUUGGAAGGAAAUUUGUCUCCUGUUAGUCCAUUAAUCGGAUCAGCACUGACCAGCUCACAGCUCCAGAUAUGAAUCUGUUAUUGUAAUUUUUUCCUUGUUACUGUGAAUAGAAAGUUAUUUGUGUUGUCCUGGGUAAAUAUGAGACCUCAAACAACUGGUUAAAAAUAUUCCAGCUUGUCUCAUGUUUACUGUGUAUGACACCUAUCAAAAUUGUAGAUAAAUCUGUUUUAAUUAAUUAAGAGUACAAAGUUGUAGCUGGUUUUAAGAAAGUGGAACAGUUCUACAUUAUAAACUUCAGUUAUUUAGAAUCAAUAUAUUGAUGUAUACCCUUUGUAGAUUGAUUAUGGAUAAAAUGUUAGUUGUUAACAAUACCCAAUAAAAUCUAAACUGUCACCCUAGGUUUCUGUGUGUGUCAGUGUGUGUGUGGCUCUUUGAAAGGGUUUUAACACAGAAUUAUUUAUGAAUGAUGCACUUUUCCUGUGUAAUACUAGUAACUGACUGUAAAUUAAAUAAUAAAAUGAU